CAGUGAUGAUGUGGGAACAGAAAAUAUAAUAUUCCGUUUCACAAAGUUCACUUGAACACCAUGAACCUGCGCAUGAUCAUGGUCUACUCUAGACCCGUAACACCUAUGAUUGUCGGGCUAUGUCUGGGCAUAGCAUUGAGUCUGAUUUUAGCCCCCUUCAUGGAUGAAGAUUGCCAAAUGAAUGUGUUGGACGUUGAAACAGGGAGAAAUGUCAGAAAAACAAAUUCAAUCAUUGAGAAUGACAAACCAGUCGUUGAGGAAUCUCAAGCUACUGAUGACGACUUUGAGCCACAUUUAAUACAAGAUAAACCAAAACAUCCCAGUGGCUAUAAUAAAAAGUUUGUGCGUCCAAGAUAUACAUCCACAGAACUCGGAAUCAGAGAGAAGUUGUUCAUCGGAGUUCUGACAUCACGAGAAACGAUAGGGACAUUAGGCGUUGCAAUUAACAAAACAGUUUCUCACUAUGUGUCAAAACUUGUGUUCUUUAUGGACAAGAGAGGUGCGAGUCUUCCAUCAGGAAUGUCUAUCGUUAGUUUUUCAGAUGACCGUCCAAAUUUGAAACCGUUCCAUAUGCUAAAGUAUAUUGGCGAUCAUUAUAUCAAUACAUUUGAUUGGUUCAUGUUCAUACCAGAUACUACUUAUAUACGGGGAGAGAAAAUAUUUGAUAUGAUGAGCCACAUAAGUAUAACAAAUGACUUACAUUUUGGUCUCCCUGUAGCGAAAGAGGGAUCUUUUAUCUGUAACCUUGACUAUGGACUUAUCGUCUCACAGUCAAUCUUAUCCAAAGUUAUCUCCAGUCUAGACUGGUGCAGUAAGAACACAGUGUCGGGUACCACCAGUGAUAACAUUGGCAAGUGUAUCUUACAUGCCUCUGGAAAGGCAUGCACCAAUCAACGAGGGAAUAAGAAAUUCACCAUCUACAGUUCCCCAGGAUUGGACAAAUCUUUAGAUAUUUCCUUUCUGCAGAAGUCCCAUGGUUUCAAUGAAGCCAUCACUGUUUACAGAAUGAAAGAUGAAUUGGCUUCUUAUAGACUCCACAGACAUUUCUGUGAGCUAGCUUUGAACGAGUCAAAAGUUGAGCUUGAGAAAACCAAGGAUGAUAUUAUCAGGAUGAGUUAUUCUGCUCCUGGUGGCAGGGCAAGUGCUACAUGGCCAAUAGGUAUUCCCCCACCAUUUAAACCAAAGACAAGGUUUGAUGUGAUUCGUUGGGAUUACUUUACAGAGACACAGAUUUUCUUGGAGAAUGACUUCAGCAAUGUCAAGCCUCUCACUGGUGUACAUAAACUUGACGUUGAUGAUGUAAUUACAACCAGUCUAAAGAGACUCAAUGAAAAAUAUGGUGACAUCUACAACUUUGGUCGUCUUGUGAAUGGAUACAGAAGAUUUGAUCCAACCAGAGGUAUGGAGUACACCCUCGAUCUUACCGUUAAAGAAAAGUUUGGCAAAUCCACUGAGAUUCAUAAACGAGUCCACUUGGUGCGUCCUCUCAGUCAAGUGGAAAUAGUCCCAAUGCCUUAUGUCACUGAGAACACCCGCGUGAACCUUAUCCUCCCUGUGUCUGCAGAGGAUCGUGAUGGCGUCGUCAGUUUUUUGGAUUCAUAUGCGCAUACUUGUCUGGAUUCGGGUGAUAACACCAAUCUGUUUAUUGUUUUCAUAUACAAUCCACAGGACCCUAUAGAUAAGGAUGAUAUAUUUGCGGUGUUAAAAAGUAUGAUUACAUAUUACGAGAACAAAUACCAAAAUGGUGCUAGGAUUGCAUGGACAAGCAUCCACAGCAGCAGUCCUAAUCCAGAAUUUAUCGUCAUGGAUGCAGUCUCGAAAAAAUUCCCUCCACAAUCUUUGUUUUUGAUCUGUAGUGUCGGGAUGGAGCUUGCGAUUGAAUUUUUAAACAGAGUACGCAUGAAUACAAUUUCUGGCUGGCAAGCUUUCUUCCCCAUUGGAUUCUACCAGUAUAAGCCCAAUCUGAUCUAUGAUGAGACCCCAUACCCAACAACCAUUGAAAUAAAUAAAAAUGUUGGCCAUUUUGAUAACAAUCUAUAUGAACAAGCUAGCUUCUAUAACUCUGAUUACCAAUAUGCUCGCAAAACAAUCUCAGAUUCAGUGAUAUCCAAAAUUGAAAUGUAUGACAUGUUUAUCAAGUAUCAUCACCUCCAUGUUUUCCGGGCAAUUGAACCAGCUCUGAAGCAUCGAUUUAGGGAACGUCAUUGUAAGCCUACACUUACAGAAACAGCUUAUAAACGAUGCCUGAAGAGUAUUGCCACAGGUCUGGCCAGUCGAUCACAGCUAGCUUUGUUGAUAUUUGAGGAGCAGCGAAAAGUCGACAAGCUGCAAAUAGAUAUAAAACACAGACAACAUGAUCCUAAUGUUGAACUUAUGAAACCUGAUAUGUUAAAAUGAGAAUUAGCGAGUAAAUCCAAUCAGGGGCCUGUUUUUUAAAAAGUAUUGUCAAUCAUGAUUCUCAAAUUUCAGUUGCCUUUUAAUUUCAUGAAAA